GUUUAUGUUUACAUGUGUAGCAGAAGCGUGUGGCAUAGCAAGACAAUUGUCUAAAAGUUUGCAAGUGUUACGUUAUUCUGUAAAAAAGCAUAUGUAUAAGUGAAGACGUUGCACAACAUUGAUUUCCAUUAUGAAUCGUUCUAAUUCGUACUGAUAAGUUUAGACAGGGUUUAGAAGAAACAAAUAGGUUCUGUGUAACGAACAUUAAGCUGUGAAAAAUGGGGACUGCAAAGUUUUAUUUACCAUAUACGCCCCCUGAAGAACAAAUACUACUGAAUGAUAAGAAAGUUGCUGUAGUGUCAUUUUUUGGUAAAUCCCCAAUCUCUGCUCGUGGCUGCAAAGCAGGUCUAAUUGAUGAGAUAUUAGGUAAACAAAUUUUUCACAAGUCAUUGCUUGAGGAUCCUGAUGUUGACAAGAAUAAUUUGUGUGAUAUUGAGGGCUAUUAUGACACAAAUCAGAGAGUUGUAUAUCUUCACUUACGAGGAGUCUUUGAUGUUCAUUCUUUGGUUAAAAUGUAUGAUACUUUCUCAAGAGAUAUGGAACAAAAGGGUUAUCUUUCAGUGUGGGCUGAACUGAAAUAUCAUUAUGCUAGAGCGUUGCUUUUUCUUUUUGCUGUGUCUCAUAUUCUUGUGGUUUAUCACCCAACUCACGCAUUUGACAUCAGCUAUGUCCAUUUGUUUCGUGCUUUGGAUGUUGUGAGACAGAAAAUGCAAGGCACAGUGAGUGAAAUAUUACGAUCAGUGACUGGUGUGCCUAAGGAGUGGAUUAACAAUGCACGGCCAUGCUCCCCACGUGUGUUAUUUCUUUUCAACUCUUGCCCAUCUAUUUUCAAAGUGGAUGGAACAGCUGGUGCAGGAAUGGGGCCCAGUGCAGGAGCUGGAGAACAAAGCAAGAGUGCGAAACUCAGUAUAAAGAAGCUGGAACAUGCUCUUGAAGACCAGAUCUACCAUAUUCUGAGGAAGAGCCGUGUCAUCACAAAUGUGAGCACCAAUUCACUUUUUGCUAUACCGGCAAAUCAAGAAUUUGUGUAUGUGCGGACGAAACCGGACCCUACAAAGGACUUCAUGAGCCAUAUGAUAAAAUCCCUUAUCAACUUCUGCCAGAAUCCAGUAUCUGUUGACCGUUUAUCUGAGGGAAUGAAAAAUGUUACUGUCAGCAAGCAAGAUGAGGCUGCAGGUUCACGUCACUCCUUUAAAAGCUUCCUGCAUCAGCAUAUUGACCUUGCCCUUGGAAAAGGUUUUGAUGACAAUGUUGGAAAACAUGCAUUACCAAGUUACUUUGAGGUAGCAACUGCAAGUGUAUGGUUUGAACUAGCAAACAAAUUGAUAGCAUUGUUUUUGCCUGGGUCAGAUGCUGUACCUGAUAAGUCUUCAAGACAACAAGUAUUCACAACAUUGCGCACAAUGCUUGACACUGAUGUACGUUUCAGUGAGGGGCGUUGUGGCAAAGUUCUACCAUUGGCUAUAGCAGCAUACCAGGAGAAUCUGCCACCUCAUUAUACUCGUGACUACCAUGAAGAACGGCUUGGCCAUGCUCUCUCAUUGUUUAUGGCCCAAGCACGUGGCCCCCUAGUGGAAGAAUACACAACCCAGUUAGAAAGAGAGUGUGAACGUCACUGGAGAUCUGGACGGCAAAUGUGUGAAGUUUUAAGCCUGACAGGCCAUCCUUGCACAAACCCACUACACAGAGGUGGUGGGGAAGGUGCAGGUGGUGGAGAACUUAACACAGAAGCAGCAGAUUCAGAAGUAACUGACACAAGAGAUCCAUCACAGUUACCUCUGAUGGAACACUCAAGUGGAGUACGUUAUGUGUCUGCCUGCAAUUGUGGCCGUAAGCAAGGACCAAGAGAAGAUCCUUUCACUGUACGAACUGCCAACUAUGACUUCUACAGGUUGCUGGGAGAAGAGUGUGGGUGCAACAAACUAGAGAGUUUUCGUUUUCCAGUAUUUCAGCCAAGCACUCAAAAUUACAGGGCUGCACAACUGUUCUCAAAUGGUGCUAACAGCAAAAGGAAAGAUAGUUCAGCAAAAUGUGUGGAGGGCAAGGAACUUACGGUUAAUACACCCCAAGGAAAUACCCAAGUUUUCAGCUUAGCCGGAUUUGUAUCAGGUCAGUCCGCAGGCAGUGAUUUGAUCCAGGAAGAGAUUGUCAGCAGCCGUCUUAGUCCUCAUCCAAAUCCACCACGUGAGCAGAGCCCUAGUGAUGGACACGAGAUUGUAAUACAAGUCUCAGAUGCUGAUAAUGAUCCUAAUAAAGAUAAAUCUCUGGUACGGCAGCCUUCAACAACAGAAUACCUGCCGGGCAUGUUACAUACUGAGUCACCAGCUGGUUUGUUGCCACAGUUCCCAUCUUGGGCCCUGACAUGCUUGGGACCAAGCAGCUUGUACUCUCACAACCUAGGUCUGCAAGAUCAACAGCAAGCUGGGCUUCUCGGAGGUUCUGCGUAUCUACUUCCAUGGGAUGUUACUGUGCGCCUGGAGCAUCAUAGAGAUCGCAACAGUGGUUGGCCAGCUGUUGGUGACUCAUACAGAGGGAAGCAUCCAUGUUCCAGUCCUCAUAUGUCCAGCAACCUUCUACGUGGACGCAAAUCAAAAGGAGGAAACAAAGAUCUUUCUGAAUUUGUUGUAAAAAUCUUUGUGGGAGUGGAGUACGAAUGCCCAAGGGGUCACCGUUUUAUGUGUGCAGCUCCAGAUAAAGUUUUAAAGACUACAGGUUCUGGUCUAGUCAAAGAUAAUGGCAACAAAGUGACAGGCAGUGAUAUGCCACUGUAUUUUCCUUGUCCAUGCAGAACAACGAAACCUUUAGUAGCACAACUGAUGCGAGUGCAUGUAGUGACACCAAAGGCACCAGUACAUGUCACUCUGAAUCCACGUGUCCAGCCAGCACCACCUCCAUGUCCUAUAUUUGUAACUGGUUGUGAUCAACCACUGAGGCUUUCGCAAAGUGCAUAUUGGGUUCUCCGAUUACCAUAUGUGUAUGUUGGUGACCAGGGGCCAUACCUUGCACCAAAGGAACCAGUUCCACUUAACUAUGGGCGCCUCCUCACUGAUGUUUAUGGAAUCACAGAAGUCACCCCUGAAGAAAAAUGAUUCUACAGCUAGUAUUGUGAUCAUUGUUGAGAUCACUGUGUGUGUGUGUGUGUGUGUGUGUGUGUGUGUGUGUGUGUGAUCACUUUUCAACAGACUGAACAUACAAAAUAAAAAUAUACAGUAUUUUGU